UCUAGUAGGCGCCUUUGACACUAGAAUUUAAACAAUUGAAACGUUUGACAAUUAACCGUUGCAUCCCUUCAUCAGGUGCAAUCGGUAGUAAUUUGCCCAAAAUUGUGCCCAACACCCCAUAAAGCAAGAAAAUUUCGAGUUGACGAUGGAGCGCAGACCCGCAAGAGCCCCCUUCUAUUCCACGGUCGUCAAGUACGGUCGAAGACGCCGCGGCGGCGAGCGAGGCGGUAACGGGCGUUAUUAUUCAGGCCGUUAUUACACGGGCCGUUAUUAUUCAGGCCGGUUUUUGGCCCGCGGCGAUUUUUACGGUCCGAGAUAUGUGCCCUUUAAUUCGCGGAUUCAAAGUCCCAAUCCGUUCGAUUUUGCCAGUCAUGUGCAGCGAGAUUACAAUUCGAUGUUUGCCCAAAUUCCGCGGAACGCCACUGAGCAGUGGGUAAAUGAGAACAUUGCUACUGUCCAGAGACUGGUUUGCCCUUAUGAUUACAACCACCCUUUGUCAGUGUGCCAGUUUUGUGGCUUCGUGGGGUACAAUUAUCCCCUAGGGCCGCGCGAAAUUUCUAUCGAUAUACAUUUACCACCCCCUGAGGAGUCCGACAAUAAUGAAAGUACCGACCCUAAUGAUAUGAACAGUGGCGGCGAAAGUUAUUAUGGCGACCAAAAUGAUCAACAUUAACCGUGUUUUUUUGUUGUAUUUGUGUUUUUUCAGUUUUGUUUCUGGUUCCAUUGUUACUAAUAAUUAUAUUU